GUAAAGCCGUAGUUUCCUUGCUUUUUGCAGGUGGGACAGUAGAUAUUGCGGUUCAAGAAACAACAGAGGAUGGAAAAAUGAAAACAAUUUACAAGGUGUGUGGUGGAAACUGGGGAGGAACCCAUGUAGAUAAAUGCUUCCUCCAUUUCAUCAAUGACUUACUAGGGUCUGAAGUCAUAAAAAGCUUGAAACACGAAUGCAGGUCGGAGUAUUUAGAGUUCUUACGGACAUUUGAAUUUAAAAAGAGGACCAUCGAUGUUGAUUCUACGUUGAGAGUUGUCCUUAAAGUUCCUGUAGGCUUUGUGGAUGUUCUAUGGGAAAAUUAUGGCACUACAUUACAAGACAGGAUUAAAGCUUCUCCGCAUAACAGUGCCGUUUCUUUCGUCGGAGACAAACUAAGUAUUGAACAUUCCUUAUUUAGGUCAUUUUUUCAGAAAUCAGUGGAUGACAUCAUUUCUCACAUAGGAGAUAUUUUUGAUGACAAAUGCUGCAGAGAUCUGACUGGCAUAGUAAUGGUCGGGGGAUUCGCCGAUAGUACCAUUGUCAACUUUGCCAUGAAAAACGCUUUUCCUGAAAGGAAGUUUAUCAUUCCAUUGGAUGCAGGAUAAGCUGUUGUCAAGGGUGCAGUUCUCUA